AUGGAUUCUGUGAAAGCACUUGAUGACUUAAAGCAACUAUUUUCGCUUGCUGAAAAGUAUGGUUACUCUGAGUGGAUUCAGUUUGAUGCAUCCACUGUCCGUUGUCUAGCUUAUUACACGGUAGUCGUAUUCGAGGAUGCAGCUUCUGCAAUUGCUGCUAAACUCAGGGAAAAAGUUCAAAGUGUUGUCUUGGUUUUGGAAAAUAAACCCCUUAAAAAUGGGUGUUUAAAAGGGCGAGCGCGAAUAAAUGCUCACACGCUGAUAUUAGUGGGUAGUACGGAGUGGCAAAACGUUCGCAAUACUAUGGGCACAGAAGGGAACACCACCAAUUCUUCUCGAAUUUCUGAUUACAGUGUCCUAGAGCAAUAUCUUGGAUUUCGAAUUGGAGAUGCUACUAAUGUCAGUCGAAAUCCAGUAUUUGAUCCAACCAUCACUAGCCAAACAAUGCACCCUGUUCUCCCAGCUAACACUUUUGAUAAGUCUCUUGCUCCUACCAACACACAUUUCUCUGCCGCUCUUAUGGGAUCUCAAACAGUUCAAUUACAAAAGGGACCAUCGCAAAAUCUGAUUUCUGUAUCUGGUGCUCAACAUGAGAACUGGGGAGAGUCCAACUUGGCAGAUUCCAGUUCCCAUACAGAUACUUCAACUGACAUGGAGCCUGAUGAUAGAAACCAAAGGUUUGAUAUGGGUCAGUCCGGUGCCGUUGCAGUCUCAGAUUCCAGUGGCAAAUCAAAAGAAAAAUCCAUGGAUCAUAAGACUUUACGAAGGCUUGCCCAGAAUCGUGAAGCUGCUAGGAAAAGCCGACUGAGGAAGAAAGCAUAUGUACAACAGCUGGAGAAUAGCCGCUUGAAGCUGAACCAACUAGAGCAGGAACUGCAGCGAGCUCGUCAGCAGGGUAUGUUCAUUUCCAGCACUGGAGACCAAUCUAAUGCUGGCAGUGGCAAUGGCAAGGAGGAAACAAUAGCAAGAAGAAAAGGAUAG